GGGAGCAGCCCCGCUCCGCGCUUGGCCGCCGACCGCGGGCAGCAGCGGAGCGGCGCGGAGAUGGUACCGCUGGUGCGGAGCGCCGGGGGCUCCCACCAGUGGCCGGCGAUCGUGGUCCUCGGCCUGUGCUGUCUCCUACCUCCCGGGCGACUCGCUGCUCCUGGUGGGGACUUCCCCGGGGCGACCGUGGACAAUCUGGUGGUCAGGAAGGGGGACACGGCGGUGCUUAGGUGUUACUUGGAGGAUGGAGCUUCCAAAGGUGCCUGGCUGAACCGGUCGAGUAUUAUUUUUGCUGGAAGUGACAAGUGGUCAGUGGAUCCUCGGGUUUCAAUCGCCACAGCAAACAGAAGAGAAUACAGCCUGCAGAUACAGGAUGUCGAUGUGACAGAUGAUGGUCCCUACACUUGUUCUGUGCAAACUCAGCACACUCCUAAAACGAAGCAGGUGCACUUAACUGUACAUGUUUCUCCGAAGAUAUACCGUAUCUCCAGUGACAUCGUUGUGAACGAAGGGAGCAACGUUACCCUGGUGUGCCUGGCCACGGGAAAGCCAGAGCCUUCCAUUUCCUGGAGACACAUCUCUCCAUCAGCAAAGCCCUUUGAGAGUGGGCAGUACCUGGACAUCUAUGGAAUUACAAGAGACCAGGCUGGGGAAUACGAGUGCAGCGCAGAGAACGAUGUCUCGGUUCCAGAUGUGAAGAAAGUAAAAGUCACAGUAAACUUUGCCCCCACAAUUCAGGAACUUAAAUCCAGCGGUGUGGUGCUUGGAGGGAACGGCCUGAUACGGUGCGAAGGUGCAGGAGUUCCUGCCCCGGUCUUUGAGUGGUACAAAGGAGAGAGGAAACUGAUCAAUGGUCAACAAGGAAUCACUAUUAAAAAUUAUAGCACAAGAUCACUUCUUACUGUUACCAAUGUGACAGAAGAGCAUUUUGGCAACUAUACAUGUGUCGCUGUCAACAAGCUAGGGACGACCAAUGCCAGCCUGCCUCUCAACCAAAUAAUUGAGCCAACUACCUCUAGUCCUGUCUCAAGCCCAGCUCCCAGUACAGCCCAGUACGGGAUCACCGGCGAUGCCGAAGUCCUCUUCUCCUGCUGGUACCUUGUGUUGACACUGUCCUCCCUCACCAGCAUAUUCUACCUGAAGAACAUCAUUCUGCACUAAAUGUAAAGACCCAUAAAAGGCUUUUAAGGAUUCUCUGAAAGUGCUGAUGACUGGCUCCAAUCUGGUAGAGUUUGUUAAAAGCAGCGUGGGAUAUAAUCAGCAGUGCUUACGUGGGGAUGAUCGCCUUCUGUAGAAUUGCUCAUUAUGUAAAUACUUUAAUUCUACUCCUCUUUUUGAUUAGCUGCAUUACCUUGUGAAGCAGUACACAUUGUCCUUUUUUAAGACGUGAAAAACUCUGAAAUUACUUUUAGAGGAUAUUAAUUGUGAUUUCAUGUUUGUAAUCUCCAAGUUUUCAAAAGCAUUCAGUCAUGGUCUGCUGAGUUGCAGACUGUAGUUUA